AUGGAUAACAUCAAUAACGCCACGGCUCGACUCCGCCGCACAUUUGCCUAUCCAGCCGACGACUCCUCAUCGACAGGCGAGCCGGACACCAUGGACGAGGAAGAGCAAGAGACCCUCAUCGCAACGCUCGCAACCCAAAACGCCCAACGAAACUCCCAAUUCCGCCUCCUCCUCUUCCUCCUCCCCCUCCUCUCCGCGAUCCCCCACCUCCUCACCCUCCUCUCCCCCUCCUCCCCCGCCCUCCCCUCCCUCCUAGCCCUCACCUCCCUCUCCUCCACUGCCUACCUCCUCCACCGCCUCCCCGCGGCCUCGACAGGCAUCCCCGCCCUCGACAACCGCGGCCGCGGCCCCGCUCACAAGUCGUCGCCCCCGCCUAAUUGGGCCGCCGCCGCCGCCGCCGCCGCCGCCGCCCGGUCGCCGCUCGAGACGUACCUGCCGUAUCUGAACCUGGGGCUGUGCGCGGUGCUCGUGGUAAUGGGUCUGCUGGCGGGGGGGGCGCGGGACGGGGCCCGUGGCGCCGCUGGGUUGGUCUGGCUGGGGAGUCUGCCGGGCUUGGUGUAUGGGGUUGUGCUGGUUUCGAAGAUGGUCAUGGCGAGUGUGGAUCCUGAGAGGGAGCUGGGUGGGUUGAGGUAUGGGUACAAGGGUGCUUAG